CGGAGCUGGCGGGAAAUGGCGGCGGGACCGAGUCUGCGAACGGAGUCCCCGCUGCCGCCGCUCAGCCCUGGGGCCUCAGUCCCCUCCGGUGAGGGACCUGGGCUCCUGUCGGUCCCCGCACAGCGGCUCUGGCCCAGCCUGCAGCCCUCCUUGUGCAGCUCUGCGCCCGCAGCCCCGCACCUUCCCCAGGCUGUGGGGUGAGGAGUAGCUUAUCUGGAAGCCGCCCGCGCGGCGUGCGCGAUGCCGGCGUGGGAGGAGCUGUGGUCUGGGGAUCCCGUCCCUGCUUUACCCUGUUCGGAAUGAGAUCGAGGCCCCAUCAAAACAGUUCAUGUGAGCAAAUGGGGACUCAAUAAUGGGACAGCGCCGGCCGUGGCUCGUGGUUUGGGGGCUGCCAGCGGGUCUUGAAGGAAAAGCUUUUGUGAGGUGUGUGAGGAAGCGAAGCAAAUCACCCGCCCGCUCCAACUUGCCCACCAGUCCCCUUGCCCUGUGCACCUCCUCCGCUUGGCUGUUCCUGAGUGGCAUCUUUUAGAAUACGCUAGUGUGGGCGCGCACAGCGCUUCGCUGAGUUCUGAACUCUUAACAUUCAGGGAUGUGGCCAUAGAAUUCUCUCCAGAAGAGUGGAAAUGCCUGGACCCUGACCAGCAGAAUUUGUAUAGAGAUGUGAUGUUGGAGAACUACAGGAACCUGGUCUCCCUGGGUGUUGCUAUCUCUAACCCAGACCUGGUCACCUGUCUGGAGCAAAGAAAAGAGCCCUACAAUGUGAAGAUACAUAAGAUCGUAGCCAGACCCCCAGCUGUGUGUUCUCAUUUCACCCAAGACCAUUGGCCAGUGCAGGGCAUAGAAGAUUCAUUCCACAAACUUAUACUGAGAAGAUAUGAGAAAUGUGGACAUGAUAAUUUACAAUUAAGAAAAGGCUGUAAAAGUUUGAAUGAGUGUAAGUUGCAGAAAGGAGGUUAUAAUGAAUUUAAUGAAUGCUUGUCAACUACCCAGAGCAAAAUAUUUCAGUGUAAAGCAAGUGUCAAAGUUGUUAGUAAAUUUUCAAAUUCAAACAAACGUAAGACAAGACAUACUGGAGAGAAACACUUUAAAGAAUGUGGCAAAUCAUUUCAGAAGUUUUCACACCUAACUCAACAUAAGGUAAUUCAUUCUGGAGAGAAACCCUACACUUGUGAAGAAUGUGGCAAAGCCUUUAAAUGGUCUUUAAUAUUUAAUGAACAUAAGAGAAUUCAUACUGGAGAGAAACCUUUUACUUGUGAAGAAUGUGGCAGCAUCUUUACCACAUCCUCACACUUUGCUAAGCAUAAAAUAAUUCAUACUGGAGAAAAACCCUAUAAAUGUGAAGAAUGUGGCAAAGCCUUUAAUAGGUUCACAACCCUUACUAAACAUAAGAGAAUUCAUGCUGGAGAGAAACCCAUCACAUGUGAAGAAUGUAGGAAAAUCUUUACCUCAUCCUCAAACUUUGCCAAACAUAAGCGAAUUCAUACUGGAGAGAAACCCUACAAAUGUGAAGAAUGUGGCAAAGCCUUUAAUAGGUCCACAACCCUUACUAAACAUAAGAGAAUUCAUACUGGAGAGAAACCCUACACAUGUGAAGAAUGUGGCAAAGCUUUUAGACAGUCCUCAAAACUGAAUGAACAUAAGAAAGUUCAUUCUGGAGAGCGGCCCUACAAAUGUGAUGAAUGUGGCAAAGCCUUUGGACGGUCCAGGGUCCUGAAUGAACAUAAAAAAAUUCAUACUGGAGAGAAACCCUACAAAUGUGAAGAAUGUGGCAAAGCCUUUAGACGGUCCACAGAUCGGAGUCAACAUAAGAAAAUUCAUAGUGCAGAUAAACCCUACAAAUGUAAAGAAUGUGACAAAGCCUUUAAACAAUUUUCGCUCCUGAGUCAACAUAAGAAAAUUCAUACUGUAGAUAAACCCUACAAAUGUAAAGAUUGUGACAAAGCCUUUAAACGGUUCUCACACCUGAAUAAACAUAAGAAAAUUCAUACUUGAGAGAAAUCCUACAAAUGUAAAGAAUGUGGCAAACCUUUGGAUGAUCCACAAACCUUAAUGAACAUGAGAAAAUUUAUACUGUAGAGAAACCCUGGAAAUGUGAAGAACGUGGCAAAGUUCUUUACCUCAUUCUCAAACCUUGAUAAACAUAAGAGAAUUCAUACCGGAGAGAAACUGUACAAAUGUGAAGAAUGUGGCAAAGCCUGUGAAUGGUCCACAAACCUGAAUGAGCAGAAGAAAAUUAUUACUGGAGAUAAACCCUGCAAAUGUAAAGAAUGUAACAAAACCUUUAAACAGCCCUCACCGAUGAAUAAACAUAAGAAAAAUCAUGCUGGAGGGAAGCCCUACACAUGUGGCAGAAUGUGGCAAAGCAUUUAAUUGGUCCUCAAUGCUUAAUAAAUAUAAUUCAUGCUGGAGAGAAACUUCACAUGUGAACAGUGUGGCAAAGCCUUUAAAUGAUCCUCAACCCUUAAUGAACGUAAGUGAAUUCAUGCUGGAGCAAAAUGCUUCACAUGCGAAGAAUGUGGCACAGUCUUUACCACAUCCUCAAACUUUGUUAAACAUAAGAGAAUUUAUACCAGAGAGAAACCCUACACAUGUAAAGAAUGUGGCAAAGCCUUUAAUAGGUUCUCAACCCUUACUGUACACAAGAUAAUUCAUUCUGGGGAAAAAAAUGCUACAAACGUGAAAAACGUGGCAGAGCCUUCAGACCAUCCACAAACCUUUAUGAAAAUUCAUAUUUGAGAGUAGAAGAUUCAUUCCACAAACUUAUAUUGAGAAGAUAUGAAAGAUGAAUAUAAGAAAAUUCAUCCUAGAUAUAAAACCAUAGAAAUGUAAAGGAUGUGACAAAACCUUUAAGCCAUACUCCAGGCUUCUUAAACAUAUGAGAACUCAUACUGGAGGAAAGUCUUACAAAUGUGAAGAAUGUGGCAGUCUUUAAAUCUUCCUCAGUCUUUUCUAAUCAUAAGAUAAUUCACACUGAAGAGAAACUGCAAACGUGGAAAGUGUGACAAAGCUUGCAACCACACUCAAUCUAUUCUAAAUAUAAGAGAAAUGAUAUUGGUGAGAAGCCACAAAAAUAUGAAAAAUGCGGCAAAGGCUUCAAAUGCUUGUCACAUCUUACUGUAUAUAUAUAAUUCCUACUGAAGAAAUCCCCUGGAAAUGCAAAAAAUGUGGCAGAAUUUUUACCAAUGCUCAUCUUUUUGCACAUGAUAUCCUUUAUAUUCGAGAAAAGUUGUAGAAAUAUAAAAAAAUUUAGAAAAGUCAUAUCUACUCACAUUUUACUAACUAGCAAUGUUCAUACUUAAUAAAAACAUUAUAAAUCUAAUUUCUGUUGAAAGACUUCAGAAAAUAUAGGCCUUUAAAGUGAAGAAGAGUAUUCUUAAGACAAACAAUACAAAUAUAAAGAGGGUUGUAGUACCUGUACUUCUCUCAUGGAUUUUGUUGUACACAUUUUAUAAUAGGGGAAAACACUGAAGGAGACUUUAUUCAACAUCAGAAAAUUUAUAUUGGAGAGAAAUCCUACAAAUGUAAUAAAUGUGGAAAAACAUUUGUUCAAAAACUGCAGCUUAAACAGUUUACACUAGAAAAUAUUUUGUAGAUGCAGUAAAUGUGAAGAAAUAUUUAAAAAGAAGAGUAUGUAAACAUCAGAGGAUUUACAGUAGAAAGAACUAAGGAACUAACACUUUAGACACUGCAGUAAAUCAGAGUAUUAAGUAUUAAAAAAAUCCAAAGUUGAACCUAUUAGAGAAUUUCUUUGUAUAUAAGUUGAAAAGAAGAUUUUUGAAGAGAUACUACAUUUAAAGUAUAUUUUUUCACUUGAAAAAAGUAUAGAUUUUUUGAAAAGCAUAUAAUAGUUAAUUCAACUCAAAUUAUUUCAUACUGUUUCAACAUUCCUGUUUAUGUGAAAGCAUGUGAUGAAUUGUUGCUGCAUCAGAGAUAAGAGAGAUUCUUUUUCAUUAGGUGGGCAUUAUUCAUGAAUUUUUACAAGAAAGAGUGAGGACAGAAAUGAAAGAUCCAUGAUGAAAAUCUAGCAGAGAGGCUUUUUUGUAGUUGACAAUAUUGAGUGAUGCAUGAGGUAGGUGUUCAGAGUAAUAUUCUUCUGCAUUAUAGUGAGAGAAAAUCUGUUUUAGUAGUAAAUUGUUUUACCAAUUAUACAUUUAUGUAAUAAAAUACAGUAAAUUUUAAAAUUAUUUUAAGAUUAUGUGGGAACAUAAUUUUUUAACUAAACAAAAUUUUUAACGUGUUGAAAUAAUUGUUGCUUGAAUGAAGUGUCAUUAUGCCACCAACUUAAACCUAUCCCACCUUACUCAAUGGUGUAGGUAAAAGAUGGUAACAAUGGUAACAUAGUUGAAUGACAUUUUUAGUAUUCUCUUUUUCCAGUGGCUUUAAAUAGCAAAUACAUUGAAGAAUAUCAUUCCCAUAUGUUGCAUUUUCACUCUUGUUAUUUUCCAAAAUUUUUGUGGGUACAUAGUAUGCAUAUUUAUCUAUGGCAUAUAUGGGUUAUUUUCUUAUACAGGCAUACAACACGUAAUAUACCAGAGUAAAUGAGUUAUUCAUCACCUCAAGCAUUCAUCCUUUGUAUUACACACAAUCCAAUUAUACACUUUAAUUAUUUCUAAAUGUACAAUUAUGAUUGUAGUAUUAUAUCAGUAUAAUUAUAAUUCAUACAUUUAUGCAUCCUGAAUACUUUUAAAAAAUGUUUUACAUUUCUCUUUGAACAUGUGGCAUCUUUUCCUGCAAACUUAUACAAACUUUAGUUCCAUUUACAUGAAGUUAAGUAUGUAAAUGUGUUGCUGUAAAGAUAAACCUUAGGUGUAAGAAAAUUAUAGAGCAAGCAAUUGUGUUUAUGUGAGUUUGUACCUGUUUUCCAAAGAAAAUAGCAAUAUUAGAACAAAGAAGAUUAUGUUAAUACCAUGGAUAAUUUACUGGAAAUCUAGAAGCCUGAAACAUUCUAUAUUUUCUUCUUUUUAUUUAAUGACUCUAGAAUCUAAUGGAUUGUCGUUGAGAAUCUCCCCAUACAAACUCCUUGUUUUUAUUUGUCUGGUGCUCAUGCUAGAGCUAUAAUUUCUUUGAUUCUCUUUUUUGUUUUCACUUCAUGAAGUGUUUAUUAUGUGAGCUGGUCAGAAAUUAUAAGAAUGAUUUUUAUAAAAUGUAGUGAAUGUAAAAUUUUUAGAUGUAAUUUCAUAAUAUAUGUAUUAAGUUAUUUUAGUUAGAACAUUUCAUUUUGUUGUUUUAAUUUAAGAACCCUAUAUAAGCUGUUUUCUUUAGUUAUUGUUCCUUUCAGUUUUUAUAAUUGACAUAAAUGAGUUUAUUUUGCCAAUUUGUUCAGGUAAGUACUUGGAAAACUUUGUCAGUCAUGGGGAUGUUUUGAUCUAUUAUUGUAGUGAACAAACAAAGUUCUGGGUGUGUAAUAGAUGCUUCAUAAUUAGCCAUAAAUAUUCCUGGAGUUAGUUUCUAGCUCCAAGUAAGAGAUUGAAAAUAAUCUGUGGCGAACAAAUGGCAUUAAUUGUGCAUGUGGAGAGGACGUCUGUUCUCAGGCUGCAGAACCAACUCAUUAUGAAUGUAAAGAGGAUUUCUUUUCUUAUUUUCUAAUUAUCUUUAGUUUUGUGAUAUCUUUAUGAUUUAUCCCCAGCUAUGUAUGCCUCAGAGCCUUUCUUCAUUUUUGCGUUAUGGCUAGUUUGUCACUGUUCUCUUCAUUCCAUGUAAUUUCACAUGGACUUUAGGUUAACUGGGGUGUUUGAGGUUAUUUAUAGGUUAUCAGUGCAACAUUUAGAUCACUUGAGAUAAGAGUAAUUCACUAUCAACAGGUAAGAGGAUUAAGUCAGUUGGCAUUGUUUUUCUGUGUUUGUAAAAGAAAAAUUGUAUGAGAUUCUAUCACAAAGUGUGUAAAAUGUAACAAAAGUUAGAAUAAGUAAAGCAUUAAUAUAAGUGGGUUGUAUAUUGUACCACCAUAUGAAGAAACAUCAGAAUUUUGAAAUUUCUUAAGAGGAAAUAUAUCUUAGAAAUAAAAUUUUUAGGCCAGGUGGCGGUGGUUCACACCUGUAAUCCCACCACUUUGGGAGGCCGAGAUGGGUGGGUCAUGAAGUCAAGAGAGCAAGAUCAUCCUGGCAAACAUGGUGAAACCCCAUCUCUACUAAAAAUACAAAAAUUAGCAGGGCGUGGUGGCAUGUGCCUGUAGUCCCAGCUACUCGGGAAGCUGAGGCAGGAGAAUCGCUUGAACCCAGGAUGCAGAGGUUGCAGUGAGCUGAUGUUGCGCCACUGCAGUGCAGCCUGCCAACAGAGUAAGACCCGUCUCAACAACAACAACAAAAAAGAAGAAAAUUUUUAGGAGACAAUGGUAAGUGAAGAAUUUUACAUUUAAUUUUCUGUGACAUAGCAAAACAUUUUUCCAUACAAAAUCUUCUAUUUAUUUAUUUAUUUUAGAUGGAGCCCCACUCUGUCACCAGGCUGGAGUGCAGUGGUGCAAUCUCAGCUCACUGCAACCUCCGCCUCCCAGGUUCAAGUGAUUCUCCUGCCUCAGCCUCCUGAGUUAACUGGGACUACAAUCACCUGCCACCACGCCCAGUUAAUUUUUAUAUUUUUAGUAGAGAUGGGGUUUCACCAUGUUGGCCAGGAUGGUCUCGAUCUUUUGACCUCAUGAUCUGCCUGCCUUGGCCUCCUGAAGUACUGGGAUUACAGGCAUGAGCCACCGUGCCUGGCCAGAAUAUUAUAUCUUUGAGUGUGAAUGUUAAAUGGUGGAAAAACAAUAGAAUGAUCUCUGUAGAUUCAAAAUCUGCACUGAUCUUUUUUGUCCAGAUUCAUAUUACAAUCUUGAGGAAUUUCUCAUAAUUCUUUGUUUUAGUGGAUGCAUUUCAUGGGCUACAGUUUUCAUUUUUACUCACCUAACUUUAUCCAAGUCCUUGGUCACCUUCUCUGGAAAAAAUUUGAAGAUUAUGGCAGCUGUUGAAUUCAAACAGUUUCUCAGUGAUUUUUUUUUUUUUUUUUUUUUUUUUUUUUUUUUUGAGAUGGAGUCUUGCUCUGUCGCCCAGGCUGGAGUGCAGUGGCACAAUCUCAGCUCAUUGCAACCUCCACCUCCCGGGUUCAAGCAAUUCUCCUGCCUCAGCCUCCCGAGUAGCUGGGAUUACAGGUGCCCACCACCACACCCAGCUAAUUUUUGUAUUUUUAAUAGAGAUGAGGUUUCACUGUGUUGGCCAGGCUGGUCUCGAGCUCCUGUCCUCGUGAUCCACGCACGUCAGCCUCCCAAAGUGCUGGGAUUACCGGUGUGUGCCACUGUGCCCAGCCUCUCAGUGAUUUUUGAUGCAAAUUCAUUUACUGUGUUCACGAAGUGGCCAAUUUUGGGACCUUUAGCAUCCCUUGCCCUUUUAGUGUCUUACAUAUGUAUGAUUACCAUCAGCACUAGAAAUUCCAGGUACUUCAAGCUUAAAAGUAAGAGCUCUAGAGUGUAUUGUCUUGUAUUAUAUAUUGUUCUGGGUCUAAGCCAUGCUAGUAAAUAUUAGAGUUCCUAUGAUUAUUUUCUUCUUUAUUUUAUUUUUGAGACGGAGUCUCACUCUGUCGCCAGGCUGGAGUACAGUGGUGCGAUCUCAGCUCACUGCAACCUCCACCUCUCAGGUUCAGGCGAUUCUCCUGCCUCAGCCUCCUUAUUAGCUGGCAUUACAGGUGUGCACCACCAUGCCUGGCUAAUUUUUAUAUUGUUAGUAGAGAUGCGGUUUGACUAUGUUGGCCAGGCUGGUCUCAAACUCCUGACCCUGUGAUCCUGCCACCUUGGCCUCCCAAAGUUCUGGAAUUACAGGCGUGAGCCACUGCGCCCAGCCUCUAUGGUUAAUAUAUUACAAAAACAGCACAAAAACUAUAUAUUUUUUAUAAUACUCAAGUUGUUUGACAAAGAUACUCAUCAUUUGCAACAUUAUUCUGUAAUUUUUAAAAUAUAUUUGUUAAUUGACAGAUAAAAUAUCCUGUAGAAUAUGGUGUUUUGUAGUAUAUAUACGUUGUCAAAAGCUUAAUUCUAGCUGCUUAACAAAUACUUCACCACACAUAAUUACUUUUGGGAUAAGAGCUCAUAACAUUGACUGUGUUAGCAUUUUCCAAAAAUACAUUAUUUUUAACUGUAGUCACCAUGCUGUACAAUAGAUUUCUUGAAUUUAUUCCUCCUAGGCAACUAUGUGUUAUUUUACAGACAUGUCUCCAGAUGCCCCUUUCUUGUAAAUACCCAAGCAUCUGGUAACCAGCAUUCUACUCUCUGGCUUAUUUCACUUAGCAUAGUGUCUCCCACAUUUAUCCACAUUGUUUCAAAUGAAAAGAUUUCCUCCCUUUUAACGUUGAAUUGUAUUUCCUUGUGUAUACCACGUUUUUGGAAAAAUACAUUCAUUUCUUGGUUGAAAAACUCACGUGAUGAGAAGAUAUUUCUGUAUUAAAGCAUGUAUUGGAAUUCAGUAUAUACAUGUUUUAGUAAUAGUUGAUUUCUACCAAAUGCUAACCAUAAUACUGUAUAUGUGUUAAUAAAUUUUAUUUUCGGCCAGGCGUGGUGGCUCACACCUGUAAUCCCAGCACUUUGGGAGCCCAAGGCAGGUGGAUCAUGAGGUCAGGAGUUUGAGACCAGCCUUGCCAACAUGGUGAAACCCCGUCUCUACUAAAAAUAUAAAAAGUAGCUGGGUGUGGUGUCAGGCGCCUGUAAUCCCAGCUACUCAAGAGGUUGAGGCAGGAGAAUCAGUUGAACCUGGGAGGUGGAGAUUGCAGUGAGCCGAGAUCACGCCAUUGCACUCCAGCCUGGGUGACAAGAGCAAAACUCCAUCCCCCCUGCCCAAAAAAAAAUUAAUUUUCACAGAAAAUUAAUAGCAUAGGUAUUAUUAUCCUCAUUUUACAGAGAAAGAAACAGCCAUAGAGAAAAAUGACUUGCUCACAACACAGGCAACUUUGACUCUAGAGAUAACACUUAUUACAGUAAAAUCCCUCUUCAGACAGAAAAUACAUGAUUAUCUUAAGCACAUUCUUAAUAAAAAUUUAACAAAAAUUGUUAAAUGUUGUCAUAUAUGUGUGUGCAAAACGUAUAAAAUAUACAGAAAAGAGAAAUACUUCCUGUAUUUAAACCAUAUAAACUCUAGAAUUGCCCUUCGAUACUGACGUACUUGGGAACAGCUUUCCUUUCAACUGUCCUUCACCACCCCUUUAGCAAUUCAGAAUAUUUAUAGCAUAAUUUUUACCUAUACCUGUAGUCAGUAAAUGCUGUAAUGUAAUUAAAUGUUAUUUACUACAAACUCACAUAGUACAUUAUGACUUUAUUACUGUUAUAAUACAAAUUUAUUUCUUGAGUUAAAUAUUUGACUCUAUUAGUUUAGUUUCCUUUGUGCCUAUUUCUCAGUUUUGCCUAAAUGCUACCAAUUAUCUUACACUGGCUCCCCAAAUAGGUUUUUACUUGUUUAUAAAACUUUAAAUUUAUCUCUAGGAACCUCAGCCGAGCAGUCAGAACUCACAGCUCUGACCAAACCCCUAGAACUAAGAAAGAACUAAAAAGUUACUAUUUAAUACAGACUUCAAAUGUGCUUUUUUUUUUUUUUUUUGAGACGUUGUCUUGCUCUGUCGCCCAGGCUGGAGUGCAGUGGUGCGAUCUCGGCUCACUGCAACCUCCGCCUCCUGGGUUCACACAAUUUGCCUGCCUCAGCCUCCUGAGUAGCUGGGACUAACAGGUGUGCUCCACCAUGCCUGAAAAAUUUUUGUAUUUUUAGUAGAGACGGGGUUUCACCAUGUUGGCCAGGCUGGUCUCAAACUCCUGACCUUAAGUGAUCCACCCAGUCAGCCUCCCAAAGUGCUGGGAUUACAGGCGUGAGCCACCAUGCCCUCAAAUAUGCUUUCUUAGUACUCCACAUUUAUGCAGCCAUCUGGAAAGAAAGGAGACUUUUGACAACAGAGAAUACCCCUAUUAAAUAUGGGUCACAGAUUUUUACCCUAGUCCAGCCUAUCCACCUACCACAGAAAGUAGCUGUAGUUCAUUGCUGGGGCCACCGGAAGGGUCAAGAUGAAAUUCCUCAGAGAAACAGGAGGGCUGACCAAGCAGCUAGGGCCACCACCAUCUCUGGGAUUUUUUUUUUUUUUUUUUUUUUUUGAGACGGAGUCUCACUCUCGCCCAGGCUGGAGUGCAGUGGCUCGAUCUCGGCUCACUGCAAGCUCCACCUCCCAGGUUCACGCCAUUCUCCUGCCUCAGCCUCCCAAGUAGCUGGGACUACAGGCACCUGCUACCAUGCCCGGCUAAUUUUUUUGUAUUUUUAGUAGAGACGGGGUUUCACCAUGUUAGCCAACAUGGUCUUGAUUUCCUGACCUCGUGAUCCGCCUGCCUCGGCCUACCAAAGUGCUGGGAUUACAGGCAUGAGCCACCGCGCCCGGCCUUAGUUGUGUGUGAUUUCUAUGUGUGCUCUAGGCACUUGCCCUAUAGCUGCUCCUAAAUGUGAGGUCUUAGAAAACAUCUUGUCCCUUCGAAGCAUACUCUGCUGGUUGGCUAAAUUGCACUGGGAAAAAAUAGCAGCAGCCCUAUUGCUAUGUCACUUGCCUGCAGAGCAAAAGUUGAUUCAGGAACAGUAAUUUGACUUUGUCUAUAUUAAAAAUCAUAAAUAGUCAACAAAUACAAAAAAUGCAAAGAAUUUGUAGGUAUGAUUAGUGCAUUAUAGGUGUUUUCAAAUUUCUCCUAUGAUAAAUUAAAAAUGUAAUGUUGGGCAUUAAUUUCCUAAACCCAAUGCUCAGCAAUUUUCUCAAAUUGUUUACAGGUUUUCUAAGAGACUUCAGAACCAUUCCCUGGAGUGAAUUAUUUCCAAUGGUGAAGAGUAAUGGAUGGAUGGCAUGAGAUUCUCAAAAAAAUCUUGCUCCUAUUUCAGAAGUGUCACUCCAGCCCCUUGAAGGUCCAGGAAACCUGGCUGAGUAGUGUGGUCUAUGGAGGUGCAUGGGCUUCAGAAUCAGGCCAACGUUGAUCCUGAGUCCCAGCCAGCUGCUUAGUAGCUGUGGGAUAGUUAUACAAGACACAUCUGCAAGAAAAGUCAUGAUAAAAUUGAUUGCAAAAACAGCAAUUUGAAAAUUUUCUUAUUGUAUUCAUGUCCUUGGAAAUGGCUUUUAUAGUCGUUCCUAUCAAGAGACAGAUUCUGUUUCCCAAACCUUGAACCUCUCUUGACUUAUCUGCACUGGCACAGGGUGCCAGUUUGGGGCCCAGGUUUAAAGGUCCUAAAUGCUUCUGUUAUCUUUUUCAGAAUUCUUCCAUCUCUAUGACAACAAGCCCAUUUUAGCUUUGUGGAGAAUAGCAUCUGAGAAAAGCCAAAGUGCCUCAAUUUACAGACAGCUCACUCACAGAAGCAGAGCCACCUAAUUCACCAGCAUCUAACCACUCACACCUGAAGGAGCCAAACUGAGCCCAGAAGAAUGGCCCGGCUGAGCCCAGCCUAAAUUUCUAACCAGCUCAAUCCUGAGCUAGUAUGUUUCGGGAUUGUUAUGCAGUUAUAAGUUAGUAAUAUAUACACCCAUUAAAGACAGGAUCUCAGGACAGAUUGAUUACAAAUAACCUGCAAAUGCUUGGCACCCUGUAAGUAUUGAUUUUCUUUUUUCCUUUAUUUAAAGUUAGAUUUGUUGUAAGAUGAUAUUGAGUUACACAGAAGUUAGGCAGGAGAAUAGGGUUUGGAGGCAGGGAACUUAAGGCCAAUUCGUGCUGACUUCCUACAAGAAAAAACACCAAGGUCUGGGAGCAGGGAACCUAAAGCCAGUUAACGUGAACUUCCUACAUCUAAACCAAAAGGAAAAACCUCAUCUACACCCGAGUAGCAAAGGAUCGAAGGCGACUGUCGCUACAACCCUCCCCCUUGUACCAGUUCUCUGAUAGAAAAGGAGAGUGCCUUGGAGUGGCCGUGGGCCAAGCACAGGCCAUGCCUUCAUCUGCAUGGGGUACCAAUUCGCCUCAACCUUUGAUUAGCCAAGGACCAAAUCCUUCAUUCAGAUAAGGGGUAGCUGAUAGGAACCUCAAAAGGAGUACUUAAAACCCAGAAAACAUUGUAACCGGGUCCUUGGGCGGCUUGCUGGGGCUCACACCCACCCUGUAGAGUGCUUUCUCACUUUAAUAAAAUCUUGCUUUUGCUGUUC